ACUGACAGUUUAAAUUGCAAAAUAUUCAAUUCGUGGCCUCUGCAUUGUUCCAUCCAGGAUAUAUCGUUGAGAGAAAAGAACGAAAUUUACUGCUGCGGUACAAGAUGUUUAUCAAGCCGUUCAAAGUCAAAAGCAAUAUCCUCGUUACCGGUUCCGAGCGGAAGCGUCUGAAGCUACGCGCUCAGACCCAGUUCGGAAUACGGGAUUCUUCAUUCGACGAACUGUUUGGGAACAAAAGUAAGGUAUGCGUGGUUAAAAUCAUAACAUUCAGCGAAGCUCAGGUCACGGUAUAUACCAGUGACAAACGACCGAUGUUCUUCGAGUUGGAUGGGAAAUUGAUCCCGACGGUGUACACCUUGUGGGCGUGCAUGGAAAUGGUACCAUAUUUUACCACCCACCCGAUGGUGCUUCCAAAAUUGGCUAACGGAGCUGAUCUAAUGAUUCCCGGAGUGGUGCGUCAUGGAAACGAUCUUAAAUCGUGGGGCAAUUACAGGAAAGACGAUAUCGUAGCGGUGAACUUGACCUCGAACAAGGCCGCCGUGGGAGUUGGGCUGCUGGCUCAUGCGAGCGAUGAUUUGUAUAUGUGUGGCGGCCGUGGUAUAUGUGUUCGCAUGCUACACGUUUUCGGGGAUAAGCUGUGGGGUAUGGAACCGUCAGUUUGUCAGCAAGUGCCACUUCUAGGCGGAACGCAAUCCAUUCCGAAGGACACAGACUUUCCACCACUUGGUGAGCCUGAACAAGUGAAGGAAAUUAACGAGCCGGUAUCAUUUGAGCAGCUAGAUGAUGUCGGUGUAGACAAUAAAGGAAACGAAAUUGCGGCGGACAAUUCGGAGCAGGCAACAGAGGACGACAAUCAAUUGGAUCCUGAUAAGCUCAUCAAAUCGGCGUUUCUCAAUUCCAUCAAGUUGCACGGUAAGAAAAUUCAGCUGCCAAUGCUGACAAGCACAUUUUACCCACAAUACGUCCAACCCGAACUCCCUGAGGGAAUCGAAAUGAAACGCAGUUCCUACAAGAAAGUUGGCACAUUCUUGAAGAAAAUGGCUGAAGAGGGUUUGCUUCAAAUUAAGGAAGAGAAGAAGGGCAUUGAAAAAAUUGUCUCCAUUAGCUUAGAUCAUCCGGAAGUUCUUUCGUUUUAUCCUUACAAGAAAAAGUCUGAAGGUGUGGAGUCAACCGAUGCUGGUGGCGAUCAGAAUAGCUCCACCCCUCUUCUGCUGACUAAAAUGAUCGAAAUGUAUGCCGUGAACGAAGCAACCGAGAAAUUUUUCGGUAGUAUGGGGAUACCGGUGGGUCGUACCCUUGAUAUGCAGCAAGUUAGGAAUAAAGUGAAAGACUAUGCUGGAAGAAAUAAGCUCGUCGAUCCACAAACUAAGCUAGUGUCCUUAGACGAAACGCUUCUGCAAAUGUGUGGCGCUGAGCCAAAACAAAUGAACUUAGCCUCCCUCACGGAUGCGGUUCUGCGAAGCAUGACAAAUACCUUCGAAAUGCGCAGUCAAACGGGUCCGGUUAGUAAGGGCGGCAAACGGGCUAUCAUUCAUUUGACUACCGCUACCCGUUCCGGAAACAAAAAAGUUACCCUGAUAAGUAAUCUAGAGGACUACGGAGUGAAUGUGGCCGAAUUUGCCAAGGCUGUCAAGCUAGGCGCCGCGGCCAGCACCACUAUGACGGAAGUGCCCGGGACGAAGGGCGAGCAAUUGCUGGUCCAGGGCAACCAUAUAAAGUUUGUGUACGAGCUACUUACGGGAACCUAUCAGGUUCCAAAAUCAUGCAUCACAGGGCUGGAAUUUGCCAAGGAACGGGGUAAGAAGAAAAAAUAAGAUUAUUGCUUGACACCCGAUGAACCCAAAAUGACGAUCGUUCAGAUGACAGCCUGUGAUUUGAACAUUCGUUCAUCGAAAAUAAGCUUAUUUUAUUGUUUUUAGAAGAUUAUACAAGCAUGCACAGAUGAGUGUAUCCGGCAAAUGUAUGCUAUUGUGUGUAAAAUAUAAUGAAUCUUAGUACCCUCGUGGGCGGACUAUUCAAUCAA